CGAGUGUUCCUGCCCCAUGGAUACCCCCAUAGCGUGAGCCCCGAUUACCUCCAGUACCAGUUGUGGGACUCCCUGCAGGCCCUCUGCUCCUCAUUGGCCGGUUCCCUCUCUGCCCGCGCCGUGCUCCAGGCCAUGGGGGUGGGCGACGGCGCCGCCACCGUCACCGGGGCCACCCUCACCUGGCUGCUGCGGGAUGGGGUGGGGAUGGUGACGAGAAUCACGUUCACCUGCCUGCAGGGGAGCCGCCUGGACUGCGAGGCAAAGCAGUGGCGGCUGGCCGCUGACGUCAUCAAUGACGUGGCGCUGCUGCUGGAGCUGCUCGCGCCGGGUUGGCCCCGCGCUGGCCCCGCCCUCCUGACGUUGGCGGCGGCGGGAAAGUGCGUGGUGGGGGUCGCCGGCGGUGCCACCCGCGCCGCUCUGGCCGUGCACCAGGCCCGGAGGGACAACGUGGCCGAGGUGGCAGCCAAGGACAGCAGCCAGGAGACGCUGGUGAAUGGGCUCGGGCUGCUGCUGGCCCUGCUGCUGCUGCCGGCAUUGGAGGGGCGGCCAUGGGUCACGUGGGCGGUGAUGACGUUGCUGCUCGUGACCCACGUGGGCGCCAACGUGGGCGCCGUGGGGUCCCUGCGCCUGCGCAGCCUCAAUAGGCCCCGCCUCCGGCUGGCGCUGGGCGGGGCCUUGAGGGGCGUGGCCAAGGAUGGGGGCGGAGCCAUCGCUGUCCCCACCCCCGACGAGGUGAACCCGCGGGAGCCGCUGCUGCCCGGCUUCAGCACCCGCCUCCGCCUCCACUUGGGUGCCCCCCUGCACCGAUUGGUCAAGAGCGAGGCUGAGCUGCAGAAGGCCAUCGAGUGCAGCCCCGAGCAGUACCUCAUCGUGCUGCGCCCCUCGGAAGGUUGGGUGGGGGUGGGGCUACGCCUCGGGACCCCCCCCCGCACCCUGGUGCUGGCCUGCGCCCAAGCCCUGCUGCUGGAGGAGCUGCUGGGGGAGCCCCUCCCCCCAGGGGCACCCAUGGGUGCUGCCCUGAGCACCCUGAGGGGGAGGCUGCGGCGGUGUC